AUGUACAAUCCUAACCUUAACCUAUCAUUCCUUAUAACUCCUAAACAUUCCCACAUCCUUGCGAAAGGGUUGAAAUUAGUAUCGCUCUCCCAGCCUUGCAGAGAGAUUGACCAAGGAAAGUUCCUUUGUUACGAGAGCAACGUGUCCUUCGAGGAAGAAACUACUUGCAUCAAGGACCUGAUGACGUUCUCUGCUAAGAUAAUGUCUUGUCACCCCCUUCCUGUCAACGCAUCAGACAUUAAAAUAAAAUACAUACAGCCAAAUUCUUGGCUCAUUUACGCAGGUUUCCCUACAUUCCUGACAGAGUACUGUGACAGCGAGACAAGCCAACGCGGCGUCAUGGGCACUUACAUUAUUACCCUAGAUAACGCUUGUGAAGUAAAACUAGGAAAAAUAACUUUAAGACAACGUCGCCUUCAAGCAGCAGAGUUGGACUUUCGAAGCACACCAACGAUACAUCUACCAAGCAUCAUAGUACCAGAGGACAUCAAGUUACGCUCAACUAUCAACUUAGACGAAAUCGACCUGGAAAAUUUACAGUUCUUAUUUCUCAGAUUAGUAACAGUGACAAUCAAGUUGUGA